GAGUGUGUCUCUUUAUUCGUGUCUAUCUCUUAGAAGCCAACCUUUUCUUCUCUCGUCUCCCCUCUACCUCUUCUACUCCCUAACUUCUCCCCCACUCCCCACCACCGAUUCUCCCCACCCAUCAUCUCCGCCACCUUCACGCCCUCCCAGCCGUCCAAUUUGUGGGGGACGAAUGUUGAAAAGGUUUUGUUGUGAGUUGUGACUUGGGAGUGAGUAGGUUGAGUUUUGAGGGAAAGAACGAGCGAAUUGCAAAUAAUGUUGAGUGGUGGUGGCUCUCGUCUCUCGAAUCACCUACGGCUGCGAGACUGCGACCUCCGCCACCAACCCCAACUUGGUUUUGGGUUCGUCUUUGGCUUUGGAUUGGGUACUCGAAUCGCUGGGUUACGAGUACGACGCUCUCUCAAACCCUUGUCUGCUCGUAGAAUCUCAUCGUUUCGCUCCAUCAUUCAUUCCAAGUCUCCUCCCGACAUUCCUACACUCUCCCACUAUUUCAGCCAACGAGAAGACGAACGCGAGCUUCCCUCCGACGUAUUGUCCUCAGUGGCAGAAUGGACUCUAUAUGAGCAGGUUGCACUUACAGCCUUGGACUGCCAGUGUCUUGAUGUUGCAAAGGACCUCAUCAAGCUUUUACGAAAGGCAUUUCCAGAGAGUAAAAGAGUUGGCAAGCUAGAGGCUAUGUUGCUUGAGGCAAAGGGAUCCUGGGCAGAUGCAGAGAAGGCUUAUCUAAUAUGUGAAUUUCAAUCUAUCCUUCUUUUGCAGGUAAUACAUAACAGAAGGCUAGCUAUGGCAAGGGCUCAAGGCGAUACUUCAGGGGCCAUUGAAUGGCUUAAUAAAUAUCUUGAAAUAUUUAUGGCCGAUAAUGAUGCUUGGAGAGAGCUCGUAGAAAUCUAUGUCUCGUUGCAAAUGCACAAGCAAGCUGCAUUCUGCUAUGAGGAGAUGAUAUUGGCACAGCCUAAUGUUCCCCUCUACCACUUAGCUUAUGCUAAUGUAUGUUGCUUUUCCCCCCUUUCUGGUCAAGAAUUUCAAUUGCUCUGUGACACUUUGUAUAUGAACACCCAGUAACUGAAUUGCAAUCAAUGUCCUUGAUUUUG